AUGAGCUUGAGCAAGUUUUUGAUGGGCGGCCUCGGCAAGAGAUCAAGUGAAAGAGGAAGCAAAGCAAAGAUGAGGGCCAAUCUUGAGCCUACCUUGUUAGAGUUAGCUCGCAAAUACCGUCAAUGCAAGUUGAUUUGCCGCAGAUGCCAUGCUCGUCUACCUCCUAGAUCAAAGAACUGCAGGAAAAAAAAGUGUGGUCAUAGCAACCAGCUGAGGGCGAAGAAGAUGCCACAGAAGGAUUAA